AUGAAACUUAUUCAUGAGGAAGUUCAUAUAGACUACACAAACGAUGAGACAGAUAAUUACACGGAAAAUAAUAAGGAAGAAUUAAAAAAGAAUAGUUUUAUUGAUGACACCAUAAGGGAAUUAGAAGAUGAUAAUGAAGAAGAAAUAUUAGAAGAUGAGGAGGAAAAUGAAUUAGAAGAAGAGGAGGUAUCAGAAAAAGAUAUUACUAAUAAUUUUAUAGAGGAAUUAGAAGAUGAUAAUGAAGAAGAAAUAUUACAAAACCAGGUUCAAUUAGAAGAAGACGAAAGCAAUGAAAUGGAAUUUGAAGAGUCUAACGAUGUAGAGUUUGAAGAUCCCUCAUCAAUUCAUAGAGUCACUGAGGGUAUAAACAAUUAUUGGAGUUUCCAUUUCCAAGAAGACCAUUCAUCUCUUAAAGAUUUGAAUGAUUUUAACUUUUAA